UAGUAUGCAAAUAUAUUGAAAACGAUUUGAGGUCUUCAACAACGUCAUCUGCAAACAAUGAAAACGUAUUGAAGUCGAAAAGAGUUCGACCUGAUUUAAUCGACCCUGAAGCUUUUGAUGAAAUAAGAAGAGGAAAAUGGUCGUGUGAAGAACUCAGAAACCUCGUGCUUAAUAUGGUUCUUCCUUCAUUAGCAUUUUCAGGGUCUAAGGGAGGAAACAAAUGGCCUGUAGCCCGAAUUAAAAAUUUUUGGUCCAAAGCAGAACAACCAUCUUUUUGGCCGUUACACAUACCGUUUUGUUCACCAUCAGCAAGAAAAGAGAUUCCACUAGAUGGCAACAACGAUAAGAAAAUUUUCAGGAAAGUUCUCAACAAGGCAGAACUAACCGAAAUCGUCCUUUCCUAUUGGAAUUACAUUACAGACUUUAAUGAAGAAAACAUCGAAGAAGAGUAUCAAGACAUGGAAAAAGAAACUGAUAUAGAGGAAAUAAACGAGGAGAAAGCAGACGAGUUCAAACAAGAAAAGAAGCAUGAAGAUAUCGACGAAGAAGAAAUUCAAGAUGAAGAUAUGGACUACGAGCACAACAAAGAGAAAUAUCUUAAAGAAGAAGGAAACGAAGAAGACGAAAUGGGACCAGAGGAACAUUUCAUGAUGCAACAAAAGGAAUGAGAUUAAUAUUUAGAU